AUGGCUUGCAGCAACGCUGGGCGACGUAAGAUACUAUCAAAGAGAGUUAAUAAUAGUAACAGUGCAGUUAAGCGUUGCGGAGCUGCUAGCACGCGUACUAACUGUCCAAUGGCGUUUUGGCUGGCUGCUGAUGAUGGCGGAAACCUAGAGACGUCAGUUUGGAGAGUCCUACACAUGGAAGAGCGCAAAUUGUGUAUACACAACCAUCCUCCUGUUAAGGACAGGUUUGUCUUUGCUCGGAACAGAAGAGAGACAAGAGAGCUUACCAACGAGGAGCGGGUAACUGUUGUCUCUAUUAUCCAGAGCUCUAGAGGGGCUGCACCCGCCCUCAGCGCGAUCAAGGCAGCAUUUCUAGGACAAAGUUGGACACGGCAAGACGUCCGCAACAAGUAUCGGAAGGCCUUAAGGAUGAAGCUAGGCAUAAAAACAAAGGUGGAGCAGUUGGUGCUAGAGAUGGAUGAGUGUGGGUGGUGGCAUCAGUAUGUGCAAUCUUACGAUAUUUCCAUAGUGUUAAGGAUCUAA